AUGAUUGGGAAGAGCUGGUCCGUCAUCCAACAUAAUAUCCAGAUUGAAUUUGCGAUUAUGUCCCUUAUUCUCAACUCAACUCUCAUUUUCCUAAUCCUCCGUCAUUCUCCAAAGUCACUAGUUGUGUAUGGUGCAAUAUGGGGAUGGGUGGCAUAUGACCCAGUUGGACAACAACCGGCUACCGGGGAGCAUAUCAAGCAGGAAAACAACAUUCUAGAGACUUUUGAUCUGGAAUUGGAGGAUAUGGUUUAUAUUGGACCAUACUUUUACCAAAAGUUACCAAACGGAACGUAUGAAGUGGAUAUAAUGUCAAUCACCGGAAUGUCCAUUGUCUACAUCAUUGUCUCUUCUUCGUUUUUUACCAUCUUCUAUUUUGGAAUCAAAUGUUAUCGGAUUAUUUCUCAACUGGUCCCAUCUACAUCUUCUUAUCGAAGCAAACAACUUCAGUCUCAUUUGUUCUGGGCUCUUGUCACUCAGACAAUGAUUCCAGUGAUUCUAAUGCACACUCCUGUCACUCUUGUUUACGCAUUUGCUCUUUUGGAUCAGGAUAUCGGUAUGCUCAGUGGUUUCGUUUCAAUGACAAUUGCUGCUUAUCCGGCAAUUGACCCACUUCCAAGUCUUCUGAUAAUUCCAUGUUAUCGGGGAGCGUUGAAAAAGUAUCUCCCUUGCUGUCGAAGACCAAAGGAUACUCAACAAGAGACCACUAAUCCAGCUGGUCCCCGUACCGCAUCCAUUCUCAGCGUUAAACCAACAUAA